GGGGUGGCGGCUCCUGUGGCUGUCGCGAGGCUCGGGCUGUGGAAGCGGCGGGCAGCUGUGGCCGGGCUCGCAGGGCGGAUAGAGCGAGCGGGGGCUCGCGCCUGGCGGGACCCGGGCCAGGGCGCCAUGGGCUCCCAGGUGCUGCAGAUUCUGCGCCAGGGGGUGUGGGCGGCUCUGAGCGGCGGCUGGUACCAGGACCCGCACCAGGGCGCCGGGGUCAACGCGCUGCACCUCUACCUGUGGCUCUUCCUGCUCGGCUUCCCCUUCACGCUGUACAUGGCCCUUCCUUCUUCUAUGGUGAUAGUAGCAAUCUACUGCCCUGUGAUAGCCGCUCUAUUCAUUGUUCUGAAGAUGGUAAACUACCGUCUGCAUAGGGCACUUGAUGAAGGUGAGAUUGUGGAGAAGAAUGCCAAUGAGCGUAUGGAUAGAGGUGCAAAAACAGAACAAGGGAACUCUUCUGCCAGAAGAAAGGACAGUAAUGGACCUAGUGAUCCUGGUGGAGGGAUUGAGAUGUCAGAGUUUGUACGGGAAGCCACUCCUCCUGUAGGCUGUAGUUCACGAAAUUCCUUUGCUGGCCUAGACCUAAAUAACCAGAUUGGAUCUGGCUUAUCUCGGCGUGGAACUACAGCUACCAUUAAAGGUGAUACAGACACUGCAAAGACUUCUGAUGAUAUCAGUCUGAGUCUUGGCCAAAGUUCUAGUCUCUGUAAAGAAGGGAGCGAGGAGCAAGAUUUGGCAGCUGAUCGGAAGGCAUUCCAUCUGGUCUCCAUUGAUUCCUUUGUGUCCAUUCAACCAUCAUUAUCAUCUGCACAGGAGUUGCCACGGGAUAGCACUGACAAAGUGUGCCUCCCUAACAACCACCAUGUAGAUCAAUCUAUGUCCAAUGCAUGUGACACUGAAAUGGCUUCUCUUGUGCCUUUGCAUUCGCACUCCUAUAGGAAAGACCAUAGGCCACGAGGGGUGCCCAGGACUUCUAGUUCAGCUGUUGCUUUUCCAGAUGUUUCGCUGAACGACUUUCCCCUCUAUCAGCAAAGGCGAGGCCUGGAUCCUGUCAGUGAACUAGAAGCUUCCAAGCCUCGAUCUGGAUCCAAAGAAUCCUUAGCUGAGAACUCCUGCAUUUCUGGAGUCUUUCAACUGGAUGAUAUUCUGAAAUGUAGCAGCCCACAGCUGCUGGCCAGAAGCUGCAAGAGCAAAUCAUUACAAGCGGACAAAAGUAUAGACAGUCUAAGAAGCCUCAGUACUCGAAGUAGUGGCUCAACGGAGAGCUAUUGUAGUGGCACUGAUCGUGAUACUAUCAGUACUGUCAGCAGCUACAAAAGCGAGCAGACGAGCUCCACUCACAUAGAAAGUGUGUUGUCGGAGCAUGAGGAGUCACCUAAAGAGGAGAAGAAAAGCAGCAAGAAAAAGGACUGCUCUGUUGAUUCUGAUGAUUGUAGUUUUGCUACUGACAAAAGGACUAGUAGCGAAAGAACUGCAGUAGAGAUGAGCGUUGGCAGUAACAUUCAAGAGCAAGGCAGCUUGAACGCAUCAGAGGAGGUACACAAUCAGAGGGCUCUUAGUACCUCUGCUUCAGAAGAAGCAAAUAAGAAUCCUCACGCAAAUGAACUGACGACACAAGCAGACCAGCCUCCUGGGAAAACGGUUGAGAAAAGAGAUGAGCAGAAAGAGAAAUCUUCUGUGGUUGACUCGAGAACUUGUAAGGAGAUGGUAGGGAAGCAAAAGGACGGGGAUGUACGGCCCAAAUCAUGUAGCUUAAUUCACCGAACAGCUUCAGCUCACAAGUCCAGCAGGAGAAGGACAGGGGAAAAACGGGCUAGUAGUUUUGACACAAGUCGACACAAGGAGUAUAUUUCCUUCCGAGGUGUCUCUGGUACCAAACCCCACAGUGCAGUUUUUUGUCAUGACGAGGACUCAAGUGAUCAGAGUGACUUGAGCAGGACCUCAAGCAUGCAGUCAGCCCACCAGUUCAGCAGUGAUAGCUCGUCCAGCACCACCUCCCAUUCGUGCCAGUCUCCUGAGGGAAAGUACAAUGCCCUAAAGACCAAAUAUAUUGCAAAAGAGAGGGGCACAGACUUGGAGUACACUUACAAAAUCCACCUGGCCUCUGAGGCAAAUGGCAAAAAGCACUCAACACGACGGACUUCCAGCGCAAACAGUGCCAAGAGUCGUACCAGGGUAUUAAGCUUGGAUAGCAGUACUGUAGCCUGCUUGAACGAUCCAAAUCUAAUGAUGCCAGAUACCAUAAAACAACUAACGACUUCUAAAUCUGAUUUGGAUGCCAAAGAGGGAGAGGUGCUUGAUGAGCUAUCUCUGUUGGGAAGGGCUUCACAACUAGAAUCAGUCACUCGUUCUAGGAAUAGCUUACCAAACCAGACUAUUUUUGCUGAAGGGGAGGAGCAGGAGCAGGGAAGUGUUGCAGCACAAGCCAGUGAGGAGGUGGUCACAGUUCGUCGUGAGCGCAGCACAUUUAGGCGUCAGGCAGUACGGCGCCGUCACAAUGCAGGGAGUAACCCUACCCCUCCUUCAUUGCUCAUCGGCUCACCCCUAAGCCUUCAAGAUGUUCAGCAAGGACUGCAGUCCACAACCCAAGUCAAAGUCCAGUCCCGCCCCCAUUCCCAGGCAGCAGUGCUCAGUGCUAGUGCCUCCUUGCUGGUGAGAAAUGGGAGUGUCCACUUAGAAGCAUCACAUGACAAUGCAUCUGCUGUCGGCGGCAGCAGUUUGCAGGAUGAACUUGGUAAGUUCAGUUCUACACUCUACGAGACAGGGGGCUGUGAUAUGUCGCUUGUGAAUUUUGAGCCUGCUGCAAGAAGAACAUCUAAUAUCUGUGACACGGAUUCUCAUGUAUCAAGUUCUACCUCAGUUCGUUUUUAUCCACAUGAUUUACUCUCCCUACCCCAGAUCAGGCUGAACAGGCUGUUGACCAUAGAUACAGAUCUCCUCGAGCAUCAAGACAUUGACCUAAGCCCUGACCUGCAGGACCAUCUGCAACCUCAAGAGGAAGCCGCCCAAAAAGUCAAACACUAUUAUCGCUUUUGGAUCCUACCCAAGAUCUGGAUUGGUAUCAAUUUUGAUAGACUGACUCUCCUAGCCUUGUUUGAUAGAAAUCGUGAGAUCCUGGAAAAUGUGUUAGCUGUCAUCCUAGCUAUCCAAGUGGCUUUCUUGGGUUCUGUACUUCUUAUUGAAGGCUUCUUCAAGGAUAUCUGGGUUUUCCAGUUUUGCUUGGUGAUUGCCAGCUGCCAGUAUUCCUUGCUCAAGAGUGUGCAACCAGAUUCUUCAUCACCUCGGCAUGGUCAUAACCGAAUCAUCGCCUAUAGCCGCCCUGUUUACUUCUGCAUAUGCUGCAGCCUCAUUUGGCUGCUGGACUAUGGCAGCAAGAGCACUUUCACUGCAAGGUUCCGACUAUAUGGGAUGGCUUUCACUAAUCCAAUUUUGCUGCUAUCAGCAAGGGACUUGAUUAUAGUGUUUACACUAUGUUUCCCUAUAGUGUUCUUCAUUGGUCUUCUGCCUCAGGUGAACACAUUUGUCAUGUACCUCUGUGAACAAUUAGAUAUUCAUGUCUUUGGUGGCAAUGCGACGACAAGCUUGCUUGCAGCACUUUACAGUUUUAUCUGUAGUAUUGUGGCAGUAGCAUUAUUGUAUGGAUUGUGUUAUGGUGCCCUAAAGGAUUCUUGGGAUGGUCAACAUAUUCCAGUGCUCUUUUCAGUAUUCUGUGGCAUGUUAGUGGCAAUAUCCUACCAUCUCAGCAGACAGAGUAGUGAUCCUUCUGUGCUUUUUUCUUUAGUGCAAUCAAAACUUUUCCCUACUUCAGAAGAUAAAAAUCCAGAGGAUCCACUGUCUGAGGUUAAAGACCCCUUACCUGAAAAACUGAGAAAUUCAGUGAGUGAACGCUUGCAGUCUGAUCUGGUGGUGUGCAUAGUCAUCGGUGUACUUUAUUUUGCUAUUCACGUCAGCACAGUUUUCACAGUAUUGCAGCCUGUCUUGAGCUAUGUUCUGUACGCGUUGGUGGGCUCGGUUGGCUUUAUGACCCAUUAUGUACUGCCACAACUUCGGAAACAGCUCCCUUGGCACUGUUUUUCUCACCCACUGUUGAAAACCAAGGAAUACUAUCAAUUUGAAGUCCGCAAUGCUGCACAUGUGAUGUGGUUUGAGAAACUUCAUAUAUGGCUUCUUUUUGUGGAGAAGAAUAUUAUCUACCCUCUGAUAGUCCUCAAUGAGCUCAGCAGCAGUGCGAAAGCUAUUGCUAGCCCAAAGAGACUGGAUAUAGAAUUUGGUGCUUUAAUGAUUACUAUUGCUGGUAUGAAGCUGUUGCGUUCCUCUUUCAGCAACCCAACCUACCAGUAUGUUACUGUCAUUUUCACAGUGCUUUUCUUUACAUUUGACUACAAACGUUUCUCGGAGACAAUGCUGCUAGACUUGUUCUUCAUGUCCAUACUCUUCAGCAAGCUGUGGGAGCUUUUCUACAAGUUGAGAUUUGUAUACACUUACAUUGCUCCUUGGCAAAUCACAUGGGGAUCUGCGUUCCAUGCUUUUGCCCAGCCUUUUGCUGUACCACAUUCUGCAAUGCUGUUUGUCCAAGCAGCUGUGUCUGCUUUCUUCUCUACUCCACUAAACCCAUUUUUGGGAAGUGCAAUAUUCAUCACUUCUUAUGUUAGACCUGUCAAGUUUUGGGAGCGAGACUACAACACAAAACGAGUGGACCACUCAAACACAAGACUGGCUUCGCAGCUUGAUCGAAAUCCAGGUUCAGACGACAAUAACUUGAAUUCAAUCUUCUACGAACACUUAACUCGAUCCCUUCAGCACAGCUUGUGUGGAGACUUGCUCCUUGGGCGAUGGGGGAACUAUAGUACCGGGGACUGCUUUAUCCUUGCUUCUGACUACCUCAAUGCACUAGUACACCUUAUAGAGAUAGGCAAUGGAUUGGUCACCUUCCAGCUGAGGGGGCUUGAAUUUAGAGGAACUUACUGCCAGCAACGGGAAGUAGAAGCCAUCACUGAGGGUGUGGAAGAAGAUGAAGGGUUUUGUUGCUGUGAACCUGGUCACAUCCCUCACAUGCUCUCUUUCAAUGCUGCUUUUGGCCAACGCUGGCUAGCCUGGGAGGUUCUGGUAACCAAGUAUGUCCUGGAGGGCUACAGUAUCACAGACAACAGUGCUGCAUCCAUGCUUCAAGUCUUUGAUCUUAGAAAGAUACUCACCACGUACUAUGUCAAGGGUAUCAUCUAUUAUGUAACAUCCUCCCCCAAGCUAGAGGAAUGGUUAUCAAAUGAAACAAUGCAGGAAGGUUUGCAGCAAUGUGCAGACCAAAACUAUGUUGAUGUGGAUCCUACAUUUACUCCUAAUAUUGAUGAGGAUUAUGACCACCGCCUAGCAGGGGUCUCCAGAGAGAGUUUCUGUGUCAUUUAUCUCAACUGGAUAGAAUACUGCUGUUCUCGGAGAGAAAAGCCAUUGAAUGCAGAUAAAGAUUCUUCCCUGGUGACUCUUUGCUAUGGACUGUGUGUUCUUGGCCGGAGAGCUCUGGGGACUGCUUCACAUCAUAUGUCUAGUAAUUUGGAAUCCUUCCUUUAUGGGCUCCAUGCAUUGUUCAAAGGGGAUUUUCGUAUCUCAUCGAUUCGAGAUGAAUGGAUCUUUGCAGACAUGGAGUUGCUGAGGAAAGUAGUCGUCCCAGGAAUACGCAUGUCAUUAAAACUACAUCAGGAUCAUUUCACAUCUCCAGAUGAAUAUGAUGAUCCUGCUGUUCUCUAUGAAGCCAUCACAUCCCAUGAACAAAAUCUGGUCAUAGCUCAUGAAGGGGACCCUGCUUGGAGAAGUGCUGUCCUUUCCAAUUCUCCUUCUCUGCUUGCCCUUCGCCACGUAAUGGAUGAUGGCACCAAUGAAUACAAAAUAAUCAUGUUGAACAAGCGCUUUCUAAUCUUCAGAGUCAUUAAAGUCAAUAAGGAGUGUGUUCGUGGUCUUUGGGCUGGGCAGCAGCAAGAGCUGGUUUUCUUGCGCAAUCGGAACCCAGAAAGAGGGAGCAUCCAGAAUGCAAAGCAAGCUUUAAGAAACAUGAUAAACUCAUCUUGUGAUCAGCCAAUUGGAUAUCCCAUUUAUGUGUCCCCUCUGACUACAUCUUACUCGGAUAGCAAUGAGCAGCUCAAAGAGAUUCUCGGGGGUGCCAUCAGUUUGGGAAACAUCAGGAACUUCAUAGUCUCUACAUGGCAUAGGUUAAGAAAAGGCUGUGGUGCUGGAUGCAACAGUGGGGGGAACAUCGAAGACUCAGAUGCUGGAGGAGCAGCGUCCUGCACAAGUAACAGUGCAACUGCCAAUGACUCUCAAAGCAGCGUAUCUCAAGGAGGAGGAGGAAACGUCACAGUUGGACAAGCCCCUGGAACAGGACUGCAUCCUCCUGUUACGCCUCACCCUGCCACUCUAGGCACCAGCCAUAGUGCUCAUUCUGUGCAGUCCAGCCUUGUCAGACACUCUCCUGCUCGUGCCUCAGUUGCCAGCCAGUCGUCCUAUUGCUACAGCAGUCGUCAUUCAUCCCUGCGCACGUCCACUACUGGCUUUGUGCCUUGCCGACGCUCCUCCACCAGCCAGAUCUCCCUUCGCAAUCUUCCAUCGUCCAUCCAGUCGCGUCUGUCCAUGGUGAACCAAAUGGACCCCGCAAGCCAGACAGGUGUUGCCAACAUGCAACAUGGCCUACCUUCCUCAAGCAGCUCCAGCCAAAGUAUCCCUGCCUGCAAGCAGCAUGCCCUCGUUGGAUUUCUAGGGACAGAGGGAAUGAGUAACGUUACUGAUGCACAGCCAGGCACACAUGUGAGCCCUGUCAACCAGACACAAACCAAAAGGGAGGAUGUUAGAUAUAGAAUUCAGAUAAUGGAUCCCAGCCAGGUAUUGGAAGGGAUCAACUUGUCCAAAAGAAAGGAACUGCAGUGGCCAGAUGAGACAAUACGGUUAAAAGCUGGAAGAAACAGCUGGAAAGACUGGAGUCCUCAGGAAGGCAUGGAAGGCCAUGUGAUUCACCGUUGGGUGCCUUGCAGCAGAGAUCCAGGAAGUAGAUCUCACAUAGACAAAACCAUCCUGUUGGUCCUGAUUGAAGACAAAUAUGUUCCUGUGAUUGAAACUGGAGUCCUGGAACUUGGGGCUGAAGUGUGAGCUGCUUGGACAGUUUAGCUGCUUCUUGUCCCUCCGCAAGGUUUAGAAAUGAGGUUGGGUUCUCAGGAGGAUGUUCGUCAUGCCUCAAGUAAUAGAAAAAGACUUGAAAUCAAAGUGGUUGUGUGUCAAUCUCUGGCCCAAAAAUAAAUAAGGGGCGUUGCUUUUAUUUUUAUUUUUCAAGUUAGCUACUGAGGAAAACAUUUUGCAUGAAGGGUAAUGUUCUGUUUUAUACUUCAUUUUAUGCAUUACAGUGCUUUAAAAGAACCCCACAUUUUCCAGUUUUAAAAUAGGAACAUCUCGCUUUUCUAAUCGUUUUGCCAAAAAUGGCCAUGUUUUGUCACAGUAAUGUGGAUUCCAUUCAUCUUUUCUUUUGUUU